AUGAAUUUGAAGGUUAAACUGAUACUUGGAAUUAUUUUAAUUAUAUUUUGUGUAAUCGCAAUUGCUUUUAUUCCAAGUGUUACGUUAUCAAAUAGUUUAAAAGCCAUAAUAAUUACAAUUUCUAUAGUACUUGGAUUGUGCUUUUUGUUUCAGUUAUACUAUUAGGAAUCAUAAGAAAUCUAAUAAAAAUCAAAAAUCUUAUUAAUAGGUCCAGCUGGAGUUGGGAAAACUAAAACAUAUAAUUAUUUAAAAUGCAAAACUAUAAUGAACUUUAAUCGAUUCUAAUUGGGAGAAAUAGGAAAUAUAUGCUUAGUUGACACACCAACUAUGGAUUUAGAUUGUGGUAUAGAUGAAAGAGAGGAUGCGAUAUCAUAAUUUUAACAAUUCUUUGUAAAUUUUAAGACUUCAAUAAGUGCAAUUAUGAUGGUUGUUAACUUUGAAAGAACUGAUUUAAUGAAACAAAAAUUAUUAAGAACCUUGAAAUAUUUGAAAAAAUUUUAAGAUAUGAUAUACAUACUAAUAACUGAUUUUCAUUUAAGUGAAGAUCAUGAGGGCGAUAAAUCACAAUUAUAGUAAUCCCUAAAAUUUUUAAAUUUGAAAGGGAUUAUUUUUUUAAAUUAAGAAGAAAAUGAAAAAUUGAUGAUAGAGGAAUUAAAUGCAAUUGAACGAAAAUCCUCUCAUUAAGUAUUUGAUAUAAAUGACACAAUUUUUGCUGUGAUUGAUGACAAAAUGAAUGCUUCAUUGAUGGAUUAAAUUAAUUUAAAAAUUAUGUCCAUGAAGUGAUAUAAAUUUAGCUGGC